AUGCGCAAGCCAUCACCGCACGACCGCGGCCGUAGUGCCAGCACCCCCAUCGACCUGAGCGACAACAAUGACGACGAGGACCCCAUCGUCGACCUAACUGGAGACGAGGCGUCCGGCGAGGAAAGCGAUAGUAGCGGCGCGGAGACGGUGCACCGUCGUCGGGGGAAGGCCUCGCGCCGCCGCCACCGUAGUGGAAGCGAGGAGCGCGCCGAGGUCGUCAAGUCUCGUCACCGGCUCCACCGCCGCCGCUUGGAUGAACCCGCAGAGGUGGUCAAGAGCCGUAAGCGCCGUAGCGAGCCGUCUUCUUCCGAGAGCGAGAGCGACAGUGAUGGCGGCGAGGAAGGAGGCGAGUACUACUUCCCCGAACCGCGCAACAUACGCUACGGGAGCGAGAGCGGCAGCGGGUCUGACAGUUCCGACUCGGUCAACUCCGACACCAAUAACCGCCGCCCCCAGUCCCGCCACCGGCACCGUCACCGCGCGCGAACCUCGGAAAGCGAAUCCGGCACCCCACCCGACAGCGAUGACUCCGAGUCGGACGACGAGUGGGGGCACGAUCAUGACCACAACGAUGACCCCGGGCACGAACUCCCCCACAGCUGUCCCAACCCGGAGCAGUAUGCAGAGGUCUACGCACGGCUCCGCCGCCCCGCCGUCGCCGCGCGCUUGGCGGGGUGGAUGCGCAACCACCCGCACGGCGGCGCCAUCAAUAUGGACGAGGUUGCGCAUCUCGUCUUCCCCCAUCCCUGGAUCAGGCGGUUCAUCGGCAGCCGCAUGCCGAGGAACAUCAGCGGCGUGUACCUCCCUCUGCUGCCGCGCCUGCUCGCCGUCGCCGUGUCCCUGUUCAGGCCCGUCCGCCACCACACCACGCGAUCCAAGGCAUACCGACUGCGCAAGGCGAUCGAAAUGCUCGCCGACGACCUCCCGCACCACAACCCACCGUGUAACCUGUGCAAGAAUAUGAACAUACCCUGUGUCGACCUUGGCGUCUGGGAGCCACGCUGCUGGCUCUGCAAGCUACACGCUAAGCUAGAGAAGACGUGCAGCGUCAUCCGCGCGUACCGUGGUAACCGCCGCCGUGUCGACGCCGCGGACGAGCUCGAGGCCGAGGUGCGCCAGCACAUGGUGGUCGAGGAGGAAGGCCGGCGCCGGCGCACGGCGGCGAACGCGCUGGUGGAAGAGCUCGGUUCGCUGCUUGACAACCCUCACGAUGAUGAGGAGAAGCGCGACGUGUUGGCCCGGUUGAGCCAGCAUGCGUUGGUCGAAGAAACCGUGCAGGAGCGCCGGUGGGAGGCGGACCAGCUGCUACGCAGGAACAGAAACAGGUUCAAGAGACAGCGAAUCGUGACGAGCGACGAGGAGGAGGACAGCGAGGUCAUGCUGGACGGUGACGAGAGCGAGGGUGACGACGACGACGAGUGA